CCUCGGCCAGCUCCCCAGCACUUCCCCUGUGGGCCAUGUUCCAAACCUCCGCUUUCAAAAACCUAAAACCCAGGCAUGCGACCUCCUCACCCCGUCCGGCUGCAACUCCCAACAUCUCGCGCCCUCUAUUUGUCCUCCCCAAACUGCCCUACAAAAUCGAUUGCGGCCUGUCUCCUCUGUGGAGCCCCAAGGAGAUAAAUAUCCACUAUAACAAACUGCACUUGGGAUACGUCAUCAAAGCCAACCACUAUGUCGAACCCUCCAGGUUUGAACUCCUGCCGCUCGACGACGUCGUCCGUCGCAGCUCGAAAAAAAUAGUAGACGCUCAAAUCAACGCGUUCUGCUCCCAUCUGUGGAACCACAACUUCAUGUGGAACACCCUAACGCCCUCCUAUAGACCACCUUCCGAAACCAUGAUGGAGAACUUUCGUGUACACUUCAACGGCUUCGAGUCUUUCAAAAAACGCUUCACCAAGUAUGCUCUCGCCCUCCAUGGAUGCGGCAACACCUGGCUCGUCGACAUGGACGGACAAUGGGAAAUCAUAAACACCUACAACUCCCAGUGCGCUCUGUCAAUUCCAAAGGCAGUUCCCUUGCUCAUCCUCGACCUGUGGGAACAUGCCUACUACGGCGACUACGAAGACAGACGACCGGAGUACAUAGAGAACUGGUGGAAAGUAGUCAAUUGGAACUACGUCGAAGAAAAAUGGAAAAGCAUCGAUCGCACUGUGGAACACGUUUAUGAUUAA